UCCCGCCACCGGGUCAGAGCGAAAUCCAAGUGCUGCAGGCAGGCAGAGCGGCCGGAACCAACCUCACGGCGGAGAUGUACAGCAAGGCAGAGACGUUGGAGCUGCGGAGGAAGCACAUCGGGCCAUCGUGCAAAGUUUUCUUUGCUAAGGACCCCAUUAAGAUUGUGCAUGCUCGUGGGCAGUACAUGUUCGAUGAGAAUGGAGAGAAAUAUUUGGAUUGCAUUAACAACGUAGCACAUGUGGGACACAGCCAUCCACAGGUGACCAAGGCAGCAGUGAAGCAGAUGGAAUUGCUCAAUACCAAUUCUCGAUUCCUGCAUGACAAUCUGGUGGAGUAUGCCAAGCGUCUCACAGCUACCUUGCCAGAAGAGCUUUCUGUUUGCUACUUUGUGAACUCUGGGUCUGAAGCCAAUGACCUGGCAUUGCGCCUCGCUCGGCAGUAUAGUGGCCAUCAAGAUGUGAUUACUCUUGACCAUGCUUAUCAUGGCCAUGUAACUUCUUUGAUUGACAUCAGUCCAUAUAAAUUUAAUCAGCUGGGAAAAGAGGGCAAAAAGGAGUUUGUACAUGUGGCUCCUUCUCCAGAUAUCUACAGAGGAAAGUACAGGGAGGACCAUCAAGAUCCAGGAAGUGCUUAUGCUGAUGAUGUGAAAAAGAUAAUUGAAGAAGCUCAGAAGAACGGCCGCAAGAUUGCCGCCUUUAUUGCUGAGUCCAUGCAGAGUUGCGGAGGCCAAGUAAUUCCACCUGCAGGCUACUUCCAGAAAGUGGCAGAAACUAUCCACAAAGCAGGUGGUGUGUUCAUCGCUGAUGAAGUCCAGGUUGGUUUCGGUCGAGUUGGGAAACAUUUCUGGGGAUUCCAGCUACAAGGUGAAGAUUUUGUGCCUGACAUUGUCACUAUGGGAAAGCCAAUUGGCAAUGGCCAUCCAAUGUCCUGUGUAGUGACAACAAGACAGAUUGCUGAAGCCUUUGGUGCCUCUGGAUUAGAAUACUUCAACACUUUUGGAGGUAAUCCAGUGUCUUGUGCAAUUGGUCUGGCUGUACUGGAUGUAAUAGAAAAAGAAGAUCUCCGAAGAAAUGCCACAGAUGUUGGGAAUUACCUCACAGGGCUACUGAAGGAACAAAAGGAAAAACAUCCAUUGGUGGGAGAUGUCAGAGGAGUUGGUUUGUUUGUUGGCGUGGAUCUAGUGAAGGAUCAGCAGAAGAGAACACCUGCCACUGCUGAGGCUCAGCAUAUCAUCUACAAGCUGAAAGAACGGAAAAUUCUUUUGAGCGCUGACGGGCCUUACAGAAACAUCUUGAAAUUUAAGCCACCCAUGUGCUUCUCUAAGGAAGAUGCAAAGUUUGUAGUCGAUCAGAUUGAUGAGCUCCUUGCAGAUCUAGAAGAAGCAACUGGAAUCAGGACCAGAAACAGACUACCUACAACCACACAAUAUAAAAGAAAAGUGCCUACGGAAGGAAGCUCUCAGCUAGACAGUCUCAGCGAGAGCAUCAGCCAUAUCAAUGGAAGUGCCUGCAGGCAAGAAAAUGGGUUUUCUGCUGAAAACCACACAGUGUCUUGCAAACGGAUCAGGACUUGAAGAGUGAAAAAUUAUUUAUUUUUU